AAAAGUUAAACCAACCUCAAAAGAAAAUAACAAGUUGACGCCGACAAAACGUUGACAAUUAAUAACAAUUAACAAUUAAUUGUAAACAAAUAUAAAUUGUAUUUAAAGUAAAACAUUGAUCUCCAAUAUUCCAGUAAUCAUGGAUAUUCGUCCGAAUAAUACAAUAUACAUUAAUAAUUUAAACGAGAAAAUAAAAAAAGAAGAAUUAAAAAAAUCACUUUAUGCAAUAUUUUCUCAAUUUGGACAAAUAAUGGAUAUUGUUGCAAUGAAGACAUUAAAAAUGCGUGGUCAAGCAUUUGUUAUAUUCAAGGAAAUAUCAAGUGCAACAAAUGCAUUAAGAUCAAUGCAAGGUUUUCCAUUUUAUGACAAACCAAUGAGGAUACAAUAUUCAAAAUCAGAUAGUGAUGUUAUUGCUAAAUUAAAAGGUACAUAUGCUGAAAGACCAAAAAAACCAAAACGUGUACCAGCACCACAAGAAGAAGAAGCUAAACGUGCUAAAAAACGUGCUAAAGAACAAUCUAAAACAACAACUGGUUAUACUGAAGGUGCACAACAACAUACUGGUUUAAUAAAUGCUGCUGUACCAGAACAACCACCAAAUCAAAUUUUAUUCUUAACAAAUUUACCAGAUGAAACAAGUGAAAUGAUGUUGUCAAUGUUGUUUAAUCAAUUUCCUGGUUUUAAAGAAGUACGACUUGUACCAAAUCGUCAUGAUAUUGCAUUUGUUGAAUUUGAAAAUGAAAUACAAUCUGGUGCUGCUAAAGAAGCCUUACAAGGUUUUAAAAUAACACCAUCAAAUGCCAUGAAAAUAUCAUUUGCUAAAAAAUAAAAUAUUUAUCUUUUUUUUUCUCCUUAUCUUAAAAAGAUAGUUUUAAUUCUUUUUUUUCUAAA